AUGAAGAUUCUAGUUGUGCUGUCUUGUAUGGUUGGAAUAAGUUUAGCAGAAAUUGUUGAUCGUCCAUUUUUCAUGCAGCCAUGCAGCAGAAGUGAUCCAAAUCGUAACGAGUGUGUCAGAAGUUCAAUAGAAAAAUUCUUUAUAGGUUUAGAGAAAAAUCCAACUUAUUAUAGUGAUUUAAAGUUCGAACCACUUGAGUACGGUCCAAUAACAUUUGCUUAUGACUACGAAAAUUUCCUUAAAGGCUUUAUGAAGUUCAACAAUUGCAAGUGCUAUGGACUACAAGAUGCAAAAGUUUUAAAAACUAAAACAUAUUUUAGUGAUAAGGAAAUUAAAAUUCAUGCACUUUUGAAGCACCCAAAAUUGUGGGUAAAUGGAGAAUAUGAAGCUAAUGGGGAACUUCAGCCACUUAAGUAUGCAAAUAGUGGAACAUUUAAUGUCACAAUUCUAGACGUAACUGCUAAGUGGACAGUUAAAGGAACGGUUGUAAACAGAAAUGGUGAAGACUUCUUGAAUAUUGAUUAUUUUGAUAUCAAUCCAGACGCAAAAGGAAUGAAGUUUGCAGCAACUGGGACACGACCAAAUGAUUUAUUCUUAAAAACUCUUGUUGAGUUCAUCAAUCAAAGUUGGAGACCGUUUUAUGAAGUUUUGAUUCCUGAAACCAGAAAACAAUGGGAUCCUGUGUUCAAGCAACUUUCAAACCGAAUCAUUAAGAAUAUUCCUUACAAACAACUAUCACUGCCUUAA